AUGGCCAGUGCAGUAGCUCCCGUCGAGCAGUUGGACGAGUCCAUUGCCGCAAAGAUUGAGCAGCUUGACCGCCACGGGUAUCUGUUCGGCCAGAAAAUCACACACUCCCUGUCACCGCUUCUGCACAGCACCAUUUAUGAGGGCAUCGGCCUCAACUGGGAGCAGCUGAGGCUCGACUCGGCAGACCUGGAGCAGUUCCUGGAACUCAUCAAGCACCCCAAGUUCUACGGCAGCUCCGUGACCAUGCCCAACAAGGUGGCCAUCAUCCCACACCUCGAUGAGCUGACGGACGAGUGCCGCGAUGUCGGCGCCUGCAACACCCUCUUCAUCAGAGAACGCGACGGCAAGCGGAUAUACUGCGGCACCAACACGGACGUCAUCGGCGUGCGUGAGUCGUUUGUCCAGAACGUCACCGACCCCGACGCCGUCUACCACGACAAGCCGGCCCUGGUCAUUGGCGGCGGCGGUGCCGCGCGCAGCGCCGUCUACGCGUUGCGCAAGUGGAUGAAGGCCACCGACAUCUACCUCGUCAACCGUGACAAGGGCGAGGUCGACGCCGUCAUCGCCGAGUGCGCGGCCCGGGGGUACGGAGACAGCAUCUACCAUGUCUCAACCGUCGACGAAGCGCGGCAGCUCGACGCCCCCGGCGCCAUUGUGGCCUGUGUGCCCGACUUCCCGCCCAAGACGCCCGAAGAGAUUGUCGCCCGUGACAUCAUCGUCGAGUUCCUGAACAAGGACCGCAAGGGCGCCAUCUUGGAAAUGUGCUACAACCCUACGCCCUAUACCGCCAUCGCCGCCCUGGCAGAAGAAGCCGGCUGGCAGCUCAUUUUGGGCACCGAGGCCAUGAUCUACCAAGGAUUGGAACAGGACCGUUACUGGACCGGUAAAGAGGUCGAUCAGUUGCCUGUGCAACAAGUGAAGGAAGCGAUAGCCGCAAAGCUGUCGCAACAUUCGAAACUCUAG